CGCUGCGACCGGCGACGACGAGACGACGCGUCGUACUUAUUCUAUAGUCGUCGAAUUCGCUCCCGGCUCAUGCGCCCCCCAUCACGUAUAGUGCACUCUUAUCACUGACGGCAUAGCGGCGCCGGAAAUCAAAAUGCAGUGCGCUGACGACGAUCGCGAUGGUUGCUUCUCGGCGUCUUGAAUCGGUCGGAUCCAGCCGUAACGUUUGCGAACGAAUUUGAUCUUUGCUAAACGACCGGCAGAUGCCCGACGGUGGUUUGUGUUCAACACUUGUUUUUGGCUGAUUUUUAAAACAAUAUGUCUAACAUUUUAUACACUCCGCUGACACAAACGGCGUUCGAGUCUUCUGGUACUUCAAAUGUGGAAAAUCCAUUAACCGUAAAUCAAUUAACUCGUCAGUUGUUGCCGUUGAAGGUGACCAAUAAUGAAAUAGAUUCCGGACUUAAAAGGGUAUAUUGGUUGGGUAAUUACCAGCACAAGAAAAAACCAAAACCUGUUGAUAAAUGUAAACCGAAAAACCAAUUGAAACGACUAUUAGGAUUAAAUCAUCCACCUAAAGAUGUUUUAUCAUAUACUGAUGCAAUGAAAUUGAAUGAGCUCUGGACAUCAUAUAUGAAAAAAAUUGUUAAUUUUGACGAUCUCCGUAAAAGAGGAUGGGAUGGUACUCCAGGAUGUAAAUAUUGGGAACAAUUUAUGACUUCGCUGUACAAGUGUGAUUUUCAUGGUGCUCACAUCAAAGUGAUCAGUUCCAAAUGCUGUUCAUAUAUUUUGGUGGCGGGUGUUAUAAUUCUUGAAACAAAAAAUACUUUCCAAAUCAUAGGAGUCGAUAAUAAAUUAAAAAUUUUACCCAAAGAUCAAUGUGUUUUUGAAUUAGAACUUGAAGGAUAUCUCAUUCAGCUGUACGGUAAACAUUUUAUAGUUAGGUCAAAAGAUCGUUCUAAAAAGAAAAUUAAGGAUAAUCUUAUGUUAGAGCUGUAAACAUUUGACUAAAAAAAAGAAAUUAUUGUUGAAUAAUUUUUUUGAUGUUUUAAUUAAAUUUUUUUUUUUAUGUUAAUUAAAAUAUUUUUCUUAUA